UUUUGCCAAUUGCAGUUGUGCAAAAUAUUCAACCUUUGUGAGUAAAGGCUUUUUUUGUGAAAAAGGUGUUCAAAGCUAAUUUUCCUGUUUAUCUCAUUGUGUAUUUGACGUGCACACAAAGGUAAUUUACGUGUCAGCCUGACAGUCUGUUUCACAUGAACACAAUGUUAAGACUCCAGAUGUUCAUAGCUCAGCCUUCGAUGUCUGCUGGGCUCAUAUCUCUAUUCUAGACAGAGUUUGAGACAAAAAUUUAAGCUCCUUCUACUUAUUUUAAAGCAGAUGAUCCUUCACCUGACUGCAACCUUUAUGCAAAGUUAAAUUCACUCCAGGGAGUAAUCGUGUCUGCCUGCGGAGGAACUUUUUGCAGAUUCUAACUCCACAUCUUUAUAACAGGUUCACUUUUUCCUCAAUGUUGUGCUUUAUGCAGAUAAAGUUUAUGUUUGCAGCUGACAGAUGCUUUCAGGGUCCUUAACCUGAUUAAUAACAAAAUUGCCCUCAGACUGAUUAAUGAGCUGCUGAGAUCAGAAGGAUUGAACCGGGCAGCGGAUCAUUAAUUCCGUGUCCUGGAGUCGCUCUGCCGCACGUCGAUGUCCAGCGGCGUUUUCAUUAUGUCUCGGCCUGACGAGAGGUCGCAGAGGAUAGCCGACGUGCAACCACGUCUGCUUUAAUUACAGGGGUAUUAGCUGGUGGGGGGAUCCCUACAGCUUUGUGUCCCGACAUUCCCUCUGAGCCAAAUGUCCAGGCAAAUGUGACAUUUUUUUUAUAUCAUCGGGCAUCACGGUUUCAUUGUGGCAUCCAAGUGUGUGGCAGAAAUAUUGUCAGUUAUCAGACUAUCACUGGUGACAUAAAAGCAGAACAGCUUUAACAGGAAACCUCCCAAUAAAAUUUGUAUUAAUUUUGCAUUUUUUGCUUGUAUCUUUCAGAGUCUUGGUUGGCCUCCUCUCCAGACACUGAGCCAUUUUGUGGCCUGCACCCUUUCUUGCCCAGCUUUCCUCCAGCCCAUCAUCUGCUGCUCCAGCAGGGCUCCAACUCCACUGGUCCAUCUCCACCGAUUAACCAACCUAACCUCACUUGUUUGCUCACUGCAGUCAUCCUGGCAGUCAAUGUAUCCUCAGGCUAAGCCAAACAAGCUGAUCAGCCAGCCACCUCUGUACACAGUACCCCCCACUAAGAGGCUAAUGGCCGGGAUGUAUAAUCCUUCUCAAAACAACCACAGAGAUGCUAAUUGUAUCCAGCUAUAAAUACGAGCCGACUCCUUGUCCUCUUUCUUCAUUUGCCUAUGCUCGUCUAAACCUGGAACAGCCUCCGCCCUUCACACCGGCUUCCCCGAAACAAUUUGCACAGAUACCAGGAAAAACUCCGUUACAUAAGACAGGCUCCAGAUAAUUGAGACAAGUGUCAAUAAACCUACAGCAUCUGAAAAAAAGGGAGAGAGGCAGAGAGCGCGCGGGGCUUUACGCACGGAUACACCAUUUCAUGCGUCUUUUGGCUACUUCUUCACUUCUUCUCUGAGCUGCUGCGAAGCAACAGGUCGAGAUGUUCCCCCUGCCGAUGUUCACACCGGACCAGGUGGCUCGGGUGUGCGAGAACCUGGAGGAGACCGGGGAUAUCGAGCGCCUCGGUCGGUUCCUCUGGUCCCUGCCCGCCGCCGUCCCUGGCUCCGCCGGGGAAGCGCUCAACCGACACGAGUCCAUAAUGCGAGCCAGAGCGCUGGUCGCGUUUCACGGGGGGAACUUCGAGGCUCUUUACCAAAUCUUGCAGAGUCACCGUUUCACGCGCGAAUCUCACGCCAAGCUGCAAGACCUGUGGCUGGACGCGCACUACCGAGAGGCGGAGAGGCUCCGUGGGAGACCCCUGGGCCCGGUGGAGAAGUACCGCAUCCGCAAGAAGUUCCCGCUGCCCCGCACCAUCUGGGACGGCGAGCAGAAGACGCACUGCUUCAAGGAAAGAACUCGCAGUUUGCUACGAGAGUGGUAUCUCCAAGAUCCGUAUCCCAACCCGUCCAGGAAACGCCACCUGGCCCAGGCCACCGGGCUCACACCUACCCAAGUCGGGAACUGGUUCAAGAACCGCCGGCAAAGAGACAGAGCUGCCUCAGCAAAGAACAGGCUGCAGCAGGAUCCUUCCCUCCUGCCCUCUGAAAGCUCUCCCGACGGCUCCCUCCAGGGACGCCAUCAUCACCCCCACCUGCUGCCCGCUUCCCCUCGCCACCCAGGGAGCCCCGAGGCCAGCGACUGCAGCACAGAGCCCGAGCCCAGAGGAACCGGAGCCUCCACCCCGGAGAUCUCCGUCAGCAGCGACAGCGAGUUUGAGUCUUGAGACGAGGGACUCUCUGUCGCAGACGGCAGACUCUUACUACUGUCUGUGAUCAGACCCAGACACACUUACAAAGACACUUGAACUUUCAGCGCGACUGUGGACAUAUUAGAGCUGUUCUCGGUGGGAGGAGGGCAAGGAUGAGACCACUUGCUGUGGAUGUGAGUGGACAAAGUAAAGAUAUGCACUUAAAAAAAAGCACCAUGGCACAUGACCCUGACUGUUAUGUAUUAGUUUAAUGUGACUCAGUGCUGUAAAAAGAUAAACAUCCAGUUGAGUUUCAAACUCUCGGGCGAAGUAUUUGUAGAGAUCAUGCCUAUGAGCUUUAGAAGAGAUGUGAAUAUUAAUAUUUUAAGGUUGAACGCUAUUUUAGUAGAGACAAUUUUCUCAGUUUUUAUGGAAGCUACAAAAAGAAAAAUGCCUUGUGCAGGCUGUUAUUGUAUGUCAGUAUGUUAACAUGCACAUUGUUUCGUUUGAUUAUCUUCAAAUUAGAACCAGAAACAAACUGUGAAAAUCCCCUAGAACUGGCAGAGACACAGUGUUACAGUUUUAUCACUCCUGAAAAAUUACACUAAAAAAAAAAAAUGCACACAGUGGUGACACGCUUAAUGAUAAUAAAGUUUAGGCAAAUUUAUUAAAAACAGCCAGCGUAAAUGUGCAAAAUCUGUCUUGCAGCGCUGCAGUUUGCAUGUUAACAUAGGGACGUACCAACUCAACACAUUUCACUGCCUUAAAAUGGAACUAAGGGCAUCACUGUUUUGCAAUGCAAUAACAAGCAACACGUUUAGAGAGACUGAGCUGUAACUCAUCACCCAUGCACACAUGCUGCUUAAAAUACAAACCAUGUCAUUGUGGGCUGUUUUACCUUUUCUGCUGAUUGAAAUCUGCUGGAAAUGCUCCUGAGCUGCUCUGAUGAUGACGAAUUCCUGCAGGAGCCGACGCAGAGGUGAAAGAGGAAUCAGAGGGAAUAAAACACACUCGUCGGUCUUAACUCAAUGUGCCUAUUACAUCUGAGAACAGUGAGACCUAAUCAGGCGUGAGACUGUCCUCAUGACAACGACACACUCAAAGGCCUACUGUUUGCUGUCUUUCUUAACGACCAUCAUUUCUCAUAAAGUAUUUCUGCGUUUCAAUGAUAAAUGUGUAUUUUGUAAUGUUUUGUGUAAAUAAAUGAACCUAUUUUUAUC